AUGAACGAAAUAUGUUUCGAUAAAAAUGAAAAUAAUUUGGUGAAUAACAAAUAUAAUCAACCUCAAACAAAUGUUCAUGAUGAAAGUUUUACAAUUAACGCAGAAAAAUUACUUGACAAAGCAAACAAAAAUGAAAAUAAGGAUGAAACAAAAUAUUCAAAAACACUUAAUAUGUUAAAUGAAAGUAAGAAACAUCAGUUAACAGAAUAUGAAAAGUCAGAAGAACAUAACAACAAAAAAGUGCUCUGCAGUGAAGGCAAAAAUUUUCCCAGUUAUACAUUUAUUAACAGUUAUAUGAACAAUUGUGAUAAAAAUGUUAGCAACGAAAAUCCAGAAAGUGAGGUUAAAAUUUUUUAUUUUGAAGAUACGAUUGAAAGCAAGUAUUUGCAUGAUGACAAGCCUUUAACAACGUUAGAUAAACAAAAAUGUGAUACAGCAGUAGUACUAAAAAGUAACAAUAAUAGUUAUAAUAAUGCCAGUAAUGGUUAUAAUAUUGCCAGUAAUGGUUGUAAUAAUACCAGCAAUAUUUAUAGUAAUAAUAAUAAUGGUGAUGUUGUGGAAGGGGAGAAAAAUUUAAAAAGUGAAUUUUCGAAAAAAGAACAAGUCUCUUUUGAUGAUCAAAUUAAUAAUUCCACCUUUUUAAAAAAUCACCAAUUUGAGGUAAAUAUUAAUAAUAACGAGAAUAUAACAAGUAAGGGUAAAAAAAAAUAUGGUUAUGGUGACAAAAUUGAAAAGAUUUUAAGCAAAGAAAACUCCAAAAAAAGGAAAAAUAAAACUAACAUAAACUAUGGAAAAAUACAUAAUCAACAGGUAGAGAAAAAAAAGGGAUACACAAAUAAUUGUGAUUUUAUUAAUGAGAAUUAUUAUGAAGAACAUACAAAAAGUAGAUCAAAUAAAAAAAGUGAUAAUAUUAACAUAGAUAUUUUUUAUUCUAGCAAGAGUGAAAAAUCUUUAGAUGAAAGUGGUGAAGAGGAUAGCUCAGUUGACGGAAAUGAAAAAUUCUAUGGAAAUAUGUAUCCAUCAGAUAUUCCAGUAGAUUUUUAUGAAAACCCUUUAAGCAACAAAAGUUCAUUAAACGAGUUGGAAUCAGCAUACAGUAUCUAUACCAAAAAUAAUGCAAGUGAAGAAAUUAACAUUUUGAAUAGCUACAUUAAAAAUAUAGCGGAGAAUGCGACCAUGUCUUCUUCAUCAGUUGACAUUGAUAAUAAAUUAGUUAAUAUUCUCUCUUUAUCAUUUUUAACCUUUAUUGAUCAUGUAAUAUAUGACUCUCAUAUAUAUGCUUUAAGAAAUGAAUUCAAAAAAAAGAGAGAAACGAAUAAUAAUAAUAUAACGAACAAUGGUAGUAUAAACUCAAACGAAUCUCCCAAAGGAGAAAGCUUAAACAAUGUUACUAUACAAGAUAGUAUAAAAAUAAAAAAUGAAAUAAUUGCUUCGAAUAUAGAAAAUAAUACUAUUAAUGAAAAGGUAUUUAAUAAUAAUAAAGUGGAAACGUUGCUGGAAAAUACGAACAUAGUUCAUAAUAACAACAUACAAGUGAAAAAUAAAGAAGAUGGUAAUUUUAAUGAAUUAAAUAAUUCUGAGGAAAAGGUUAGAAACAAAGGAACACAAAUUAUCUAUGAUCCUGAUGUAAUUAAUCUAUGUUUAAAUAACAUAUAUAACCAAGAAAUGGUAAACAGAAUUAUGCUUAAAAAAAAAGAAAAUGAUACCAAUUAUAAUAAGAAUGAUAAGAAGAUCGAUGAAGUGAAACCUAAAGGAAAUGGCGCUUUUUCAAAUGAUGCAAAUUCCAUUACAACGAAUAAAAAUGUAUUUAGUGAUAAUAAAGAUAUUAACGAUGUGUGUAACCAUGCAGAUAAUGCAACAAGGGGAAAGGAAAAAAUUUCAAAGCCUGAAGAUAUUUAUAUAAACGAAAAAACAGAUAAUAUAAAAGAAAAAAGUAUAAAUAUAAACAUAAAUAAGGAUGUGCUACAAACUAAUAUAAACUAUGAACUACAUCAAAGAAAAAUUAUGAUCAAUCAAAUAAAUGAAAAAAUUAAAAAAAAGAGUAAUAACAACAGGCAAAAUUUUGUGAACGCCAAGAAAUAUUCUAUGGAUGAUAUAUUUGAUAUAUAG